UCCCUGAUAUCCCCUGGCCAAUUUAUGCCACUCCUACAGCUGUAUGUGUAACAAAUCUACUGGGCAAUUUAUUUUCAAACAGUUCUAAUGUAUCUACUUCCUCAACAGUCACUUUAUUGUAUCCACCACCCCAGUCAUUCUGAACUUGAUGACAGCAUUGAAAAUGGACUGGAAUUUUCCAGUGUAUUUCUUCCUGAUUUCUGUGCUUUUUUAUUCCUGAACUAUCUGCACAAUCACAUACACACACUACAGACAUGCCAAUCAGCCUACCAUGCAUGUCUUUGGAUUGGGAAGGAAACCGGAGUACCUGGAGGAAACCCCGGCAGCACGGGGAGAACAAACAUCAUGGCAGGAAUCAAACCCUCAACUCUGGAGAUUAUCUUGGUCAGUGAUGGCUUUCAACAUUGAUCCAAAUCCAUGGAAAGAUUUCACCCAAAAUCAAAGCACAGCCUUCGGUUACAAAGUGAUACAGAAAAACAGCUUGAGUUUGAUUGUGAGUGAUCCCUUAACCCAAAGUCGGAAUGAAAGAGGGAAAGUGUACAGCUGUGAGGUUGCACAAGAAAAAUGCUCACAAAUACCAAUGAAUGUGCCUUCUGAGGCUGUCAACAUGUCCCUUGGACUUUCAAUGACUAAAGAUCCCCAGUCUUCAAGGCUAGUGGUCUGUGGCCCAACAAUUCCCAAGGACUGUAAGCACUUUACUGCCUACAAUGGCAUGUGUUUUACAUUGGAUAACAACAAUAAUCAAUCAGGACCUAUACCAAGUACUUUGAGAGAUUGCCCACAAACAGACAUUGCUUUCUUGUUGGAUGGCUCUGGAAGUAUAAGCCAACAGGAUUUCACUACAAUGAAGAAUUUUGUUAUAAACAUGGUUAACGGCUUAAAAGACUGGGAUUUUCAGUUUGCAGUGGCACAAUAUUCUUCAAAAUUUCAAAUACACAUAAAAUUCAACAGCUUUUCAAGCACUGAUCAAAUAAGUGGGAUCAACCAGUUUGGGGGUGGUACCUACACUGCUACUGCUAUCAAAAGAGUUGUAGCUGAAUUAUUUACCAGUGAGGCAGGGGCCAGAGAAAAUGCUAACAGAGUGUUGGUGGUCAUCACUGAUGGUGAAUCACAUGACCGCAGUGAGCUGGGAAAUGCUGCUCAGAAUGCAGAGCAGAAGAAAAUUACUCGCUAUGCUAUAGGGGUCGGUAGUGCCUUUAGCUACCCAUCAGCAGAGAAUGAGUUGAAAACUAUUGCAUCGGAUCCAGAUGAUAAACAUGUGUUUAAAGUGAAUGACUUUUCUGUAUUGACGGAAAUUCGAGACACACUGAAAGAGAAUAUCAUUGCAAUUGAGGGAACCCAGACUUCAGGAGAAUCCACCAGGAUGGAAUUUGCACAGGAUGGCUUCAGUGCAGACUUUGUUUCAAAUAGUAUAAUAAUGAGUGCAGUUGGAGCGUUUCAGUGGAAAGGCGGUUAUCAGAAGUACAAUUACAGCAGAGCACCUGUAGACUCCUUUCAGAAGGGCAACAGUAAUGACAGCUAUUUAGGUUAUUCCAUGACAGUAGCAAAAAUAAACUUGCAGCAGUACAUCAUUCAGGGAGCUCCAAGAGAUACGCACAUGGGGAAAGUGAUCAUAACUGGCAAUAAAGUCUUUCAGACACUGGAUCCUCCUGAGCCUCAAAUUGGUGCCUAUUAUGGUGCUGAGUUAUGUGUGGCGGACUUGGAUUUGAACAACUUCACAGACCUUCUACUUGUUUCUGCUCCACUGCAUAAUGAGGGAGAUCAUGAAGGAAAAGUCGUGGUCUACACCUUUACAACAUCCAUGUUCCAGACUUUACAGGUAAAUCACAUACAGACACUGAAAGGAAUUCCAGGACAAAGGGGGAGGUUUGGCCUGACGUUGGCCAGCCCUGCAGAUCUAAAUGGGGACGGUCUGGCGGAUAUAGUGGUAGGAGCACCUCUAGAGGAGAAUGGCCAGGGCAGCAUCUACAUCUUUAAUGGAAGAACAGAAGACAUUGUCCCCACCUUCUCACAGAGAAUCAGAGGCUCGUCUGUGCGCCCUGGGCUGCAAUUUUUUGGUGUUUCUCUGAGUCAAUCUGCUCUGGACCAUAGUGAAGACCAGCUGCCAGAUCUUGCUGUCGGUUCCAAAGGAGCAGUCAUACUUUUAAGAUCGAGACCCAUCGUGCGCUUGUGGAACACAGUAACUUACAAUCCAUCCAAAAUCCCCACCAAUGACACUGAGUGCACGAGUCCUUUGAAUAACACAGUAAAAUUGUGUUUCACUAUGACAGGAUUAAAUACUGGCACAAAAGACUUGACUGCAAAUAUAAACUAUACAUUAAAACUUGAUGCCAAACGACAAAGCUACCGGGCCUACUUUUCACCGAAGAACCGUGUUCUAAUUGGCACGAUAUCUGUGUCGCUGGAGGAGAAGUGCAAUCAGCAUGAAUUUUUGAUAGAGGCCUGCCCCAAUGAUGCACUCAACCCAAUAUCUAAUGAGUUAGUGUAUACAUUUGAGGGUCUCCCUACUCAAAAACUUAACAAUUUACGGCCGAUGCUGCCUCCUAACACAAAGAACACCUCAGAUCAUAAUCUGGAUUUUGAAAUAAACUGUGGAACCGAUAACAUCUGCAUUGAUAAUCUCAAAGUGGAUUUUAACUUUUCUGGAUACUCAGUCAUACAAGUUGGAAUAAUGCAGGAUAUGAAUGUGACUGUCUUCAUAGAGAACAGAGGGGAAAAUUCCUACAACAGUCGAGUAAUUCUGAAAUACCCGUUUGGACUUUCCUUCAGGAGAUUCAUUACUAAACAGGGCAGACUGGAGUGUGUAUCUGUGGAUAGUGAUGAAAAAGCUGCACUGGGGGAGACGACUUGUUUCAUCAGUAAACCUAUCUUCAAGAACAAUGGCUUGGCUAUCUUCGAUGUUACAUAUAACAUAAACAAAGACAGUAACUUUGACAGGAUGUUGACGUUCACUGCAUCUGUUUCCAGUGACAAUGACAAACAUGCACCUGACAAUGAACUAUUAAAAAACAAAACCAUUGAUGUUAAAUUUGCCAUCUACAUUGCGUUGAUCAGGCACGAGAAUUCCACUAUCCACAUUAAUUUUACGGCAGGGAAAAAUGACCUUGAGAAACCAGUCCACCAAAUAUUCAAGGUGGAGAAUGAGCUCAGAGAUUUGAGUGUCGACCUUUUCAUCAGAGUACCCAUAAAAUUAGGAGUUAAGGACAUCUGGACUAAUAACAGCUUGCAGAUUCAAGACUGCAAUGCAGACAAUGAUGAGCAACCCACAAUCCGAGAUUUUGUGGCAGCUCUGCAUAAACAGCCUGAGGUGAAUUGCUCCGUAGCUGUGUGCAGAGUGUUUAAAUGUCCUGCAAAUCUCAUUAGAAAGCAGACAAAAUUCUACACCAUCUCUGGUAAUGUCAGCUCUGGAUGGAUUGAACAGACCGGAUUGCGAUCAGCAGUGUUCGAGCUGGUCAGUACAGCAACACUGGACUAUAACAAAACGACAUAUAUCUACUUCUCUGAUUCUGUAAACACUGCACCCACUGGCAAGAUUAAUACCCAGGUGGAGGUGUAUGAGGAGAAAUUCCCACUUAAGGAGACAAUUGGAGGUGUUGUAGGAGGUCUUGUGCUUCUGGCUCUUAUCACUGCAGGCCUCUACAAGGCUGGGUUCUUUAAAAGCAACUAUAAGAAGAUGUUGGAGGAAGCCAGAGCAAGGGCUAAAGGAACCGGAGAAGGCACAGGGGUAUCUAAGUGAAGAGUGAUCACUCUGCUCUACAAUUUGAACAUAAACUGCAAAGUUACGUUUUAUCUUAUGUGUGGUGUAAGGUGUCAGCGUCAGGUGUCCCUAACCCUGAGGAAAUUUUCAGGAGCACACAGUGCUAUUCCAAUUAUUUACAAAGUCCUCACUUGCAUAUGGGGGAAAGUACAUUAACAGACAUUUUGACUUUUGGUAUAAUUGGCAAUUUUCAUAGAAAUAGAAAACUUGCUUAGAACUUAUAGCGUUAACUUUCAUUAACUUUCUCUUAUAGCUGCUGCAGCUUAUAGUAAUGUUUAGACAAGCUUGACAAUGUUGGCAUGCUGUAUUCACCAACAUGCAUAUUUGAUUAUUAUUUGCUAAAUGGGUUCUGCUUGUAAGAUCUGAUAUGACAGUGUGCAAACUUUUCAUAUAAAAUGUUAUGUUACAUGCACACAGACGUCACCCUUUAAAUGGCAGAUACAGAAACGAAGAACAUGUCAGAGGCACGUAUGAACUUUAGUUAUUGAAAUGUGUUCAGACAUUGACUGGUGAUUUGAGAUCCCAUUUUAAUAACUGAAACUCAUAUUUGCUCAAAGAGUAAACCCUAUUUUGUCACAUUUUGAUGUCUAUGUUAUAAUGCUGGUUUAUUUCUUAAGAUAACUAAUGGCAUAUAACUUUCUUGUAUGGCUCAGUCAUUUUAAAAAUAUAGCCUAAUGUGUAAUGAUGGAAAUAAAAAAUAAAUACUGCAUUUGAAUGGAUAAGCCAUAGUUACAAGUUGUGGACUUUCACAGGAUUUUUCGAUUUAUUUUAAGCCCUGUAAUCAGUAAUAUAGCUUGUGAACUUCCAUUUAAUAUAUAAAGAGUUCACCUUUAAAAAAGCUCUACAUUCAAAGAUGUGGCCUCUGCAAGUCCACAUUUAUUACAUUUACUUUGCAUACAUAUUAAUAAGUGUAAUAAGAAGUAAAUAAGUCAGCAGUUGGUAUACAUUUCAGCAGGUUAAUGACAUAGAUGGCCAUAGGGCAAGCUCUGGGGCCUCAUGUUAAACACAAUGCUCUAGUAAAAUAUGCUCCAUGGUAUACUAAGUCUGUCUGCAAUUUCAUCACCCUCAGUUCUGCACUACACUGUUG